AAGGUUUAGUGUAUGUGUUCUGCUGUGAGUGAUUCAGAGACACUGAUAUUUACUGUACUCUCGACACAGCCUUAAACGAGAAGGCUUUAUGGAACUGUUUGUAUAGCCAGCGAAGACGAAGAAGAAGGAAGAAGAAGUGUGAUGUAAACAUAUAUUACUAGUGACGUAUAUUUGAUCGCGUUAUACCCAACGUACGACCAUUCGUAUACGACUAAUCCACGACCAGUAUACGACUAAUCCACGACCAGUAUACGACUAACACAAGCUCCACAGACUAGGUCAACAAGAUGGGUUCGUUCAUGGGCCACGUGUUGCCAGGCCCGUUCUUCUGCCUCUUUCCGGUGUGGUGGAUUUACAACAUCUUCAGGAGGUUCCACCUGUGCCGGAGGACACUCACAGUAGGGGAGGGAGGCAGCUCCACCACCUACCGCAACACCUGCACCUUCACCUGCUCCUGCUGCCCCUCCCUCCCUAGAAGGUUUCAUCAAGGUGGUUUCCGUCAUCAUCGGUAUGACGGGUUUAUUACGGCCUUUAAACACGGAGAGUUUGUCCACCUCGGCAACGCCCAACACAUGACUAUGUUCUUCUUCUUCGGCCUCAACGGCGCCGUGACAUCCUGGCCCACUACCGCGCCUCCCACAAGACCUAUACAUACAUUGCUGUUGUAUGUAAUCAGUGGGCAUAGUGUGCUGGAGAUGUACCACAAGAGGAGCGUCCUUGCUGCCCUGGCCCGCACUUCCAUUUCCCCCUUGCAGAACGCUGUGUUUGAUAUGUUGUUCUCUCUCAUUUGUUUCUUCUGUCUUCCUUCCUGCCUGUCUCUCUGUCUCUACGUAUCUGCCUCACCUCAGCCAACCAUCUCAUACCCCGUCUUUAUCUCCUCCAGGGACGUGGUUCUCCAGGCGGGGUUCAUUCUCUACCUCCUGUCGGCAAACACUGCAGAGGAGAACCACGACCAGAUGAUGCUCGUCACCAUCUUCUGCUGGCACAACGCCCUCGUCUUCAUCGUCAUGGCGCUUCUGCUUCCUCAUCCACUUCCGGGAGGCCUUCACCCACCUCCGUGUACCAUCAGCUUCAUCCACUCACCUGCACCCAAAACCGCCAGCUGA